GCCUGUCCACUACGUGUCCUACAGGAGACACUCCUUCUAUCCUGUCAAGCUUCCCAAGUACACCCUGCCAAAGGACUUGCAGAUCAUCAGCACCGACGAUAACCAGGUGGUGGCCGCCAUCCAAGACUGGCACCAGAACGACUCGUACAACCUCUACAUGUCCGAGUCCCGGGGUCUGUUCUUCACGCUGAUGCUGGAGAACGUGGUGAGCAGCGGAGGACCUGAGGGCAACAUCAUGAUCGACCUCUACGAGGUUGCCGGCAUUAAAGGCGUGUUCCUGUCAAAUAAAGUUGUUGAGAACCAAGUGAAAACUUACAUUACGUACAACAAAGGCAGAGACUGGCGGCUUCUGCGGGCCCCGGCGACGGAUCUCCAGGGGAAGAGCGUGGAUUGCGAGCAACCGUACUGCUCCUUGCACCUGCACCUGCACGUGUCUGAGAAUCCCUACACCUCCGGAAACAUCGUCAGCAAAGACACGGCGCCGGGUGUUAUCAUCGCAUCAGGUGUGGUCGGACCUGAGCUGAGCACCUCCAAUGUCAGCAUCUUCAUCACUUUUGAUGCCGGCAACACGUGGAAAGAGGCUUUCCAGGAAGAGUACAGCGUGUUUUACCUGAACCAAGGAGGUUCUCUGGUGGCCAUCCGACACACGCCUCUGCCCAUCAGACACAUUUGGCUGAGUUUUGACGAGGGCAGAAACUGGGACAAGUUCAGCUUCACCUCCUCGCCGCUCUACGUGGACGGCGUGCUGGGCGAGCCCGGAGAGGACACCCUCAUCAUGACGAUCUUUGGUCACUUCAGUCACCGAUCCGAGUGGCAACUGGUCAAAAUAGACUUCCGCUCAGUUUUCCAACGCCGCUGCACGUCUGGCGAUUACGUGACGUGGCAGCUGCACGACGAGGGGGAGGCGUGCAUCAUGGGGAUGAAGAGGAUCUUCCACAAACUGCGAGUGAACGGCAGAUGUGUGAAGGCCAGAGAUCAGUACGUCCCUCAGAUGUCGGACUCCUGCCCGUGCACGGAGGCGGAUUUUGAGUGCGAUUAUGGAUUCGAGAGGCAAGUCGACGGCAGCUGCAGUCCGGCGUUCUGGUUCAUUCCGUCGGCCACGUCCAGAGAUUGCAUCAGCGGGGACAGCUUCCUGAAUUCCACAGGAUAUCGCAAGGCUUUGUCUAACAACUGCACAGAGGGCACUCUGUUGAAGUACAGCCCCAGGCGGCAGAAGUGUCCCAGUCAGGUUCCCAGAGGCCUCCAGCUUUUCACCAGCGAAGGAACACUGGUGGCCACUCUGCACAAGAACGUCACCUUCUUGGUCUUUCUGGAAGAGGGUCUCAGCUCUACGACCAGUAUCACAAUGGACUUUGGAGACGGGACCGCUAUAUCCUACGUGAACAUCAGCUCCAUAGAAGACGGGGUCAAGCAUGUGUACAGCAAAGUGGGCAUCUACCAAGUGUCUGCAACAGCCAGCAACGUUCUGGGCUUCGACCGGGUGACGCUCUACCUCCACGUCACGUGUCAACUGGAGCAGGUGCAGCUCUCGGCAUCGUCCGUGGUGGUCAAGAACAAGGCGGUGAACUUCACCACGACUCUGCGGCCCAACAACGUGGGAACAGUCACGUACUACUGGUGGUUUGACAACAAAACCGAGCCGGCCACCAGUCUGGACGGCAGGAUGUCCUUCACCUUCUCCCAGGAGGGAAGUCACGUGGUCACGGUUCAGGCUUCAGUCGGGAACACGGUGCAUCAGGACCAGAUGACUCUGGCCGUUUAUGAUUAUUUCAAGUCACAAAUUGUGGCCUUCUCCUCGAACCUGGACGAGGCCAACCCCGGCCUGCCCGAGUGGCGCGAGGACAUCGGCCGUGUGGUGAAGCGCUCCGUCAUCCAGGUCACAGGGAUCAGCGAGGACCAGCUGCUGGUCUCGGUGCUCCCUGGUCUGCCCACCACUGCUGAGAUCUUCAUCGUGCCCGAGAGGAGAACCAGAGUGGGGAGCAUGGAGGGGAAAAGGACGCAUGCAGAGCAGCUCUCCCAGGUGCUGCUGAGUGCUCUCAACCAGGACCUGGUGCAGUUCACGCUCAAGGCGGGCGUGCGGGUGAACGUCUACGCCACCAGGAUGUCGCCAGCUCCUCUGGUGGACAUCAGUGAUGGCAGCCACAGCAGCACCGCCAUCAUCAUGCUGGUGUGCGGCGCUCUGACGGGCCUGGCCGUCUUCGCCAUAUACAAGUUCAAGAGGAAGAUCCCGGGCCUCAACACCUACACCACGGAGCAGCCGGACAAAGAACAAGAGGUGGUCCCCACCGUGACCUCCAUCGCCGACACCAAGCCUGAGGGGGACAAGCUGGACGGCGUGGACCUGCAGCCGGACCCUAGGAGCAAAGGCUACCUGCCGUCGGACGCCAAGCUCUCCGAUGAAGCGCCCCAUGUGUUUUAAUGCGGAGCGUCUCGCGGGGCCACGUGGCAGCAAUACAUCUUCCCUGGCAGUUAUGCAGGCACGGUCACAAUGAAUGCUCUCCGGUGUUUUUUGCUACCCAUGCAUGGAUGGAGCGCCUAAUCCCUCCGAGGAGCCUGUACAGAUUUAUACUCGCCCCUCUCUCUCUCCCCAAAUGGAGACUCCUUUUUUGAGAUACUUGUAUUUUUUUGCAAGGACCUUGAUCUUUUUAUGUAAAUAGUGUACAGAGAGGAUGAAGAACUGGCGAUGGAGGAAACGAGAGGAUUUGUGGAUAUAUCUCCUCGUGCUUUUUUUGUUGUUGUUGUUGUUGUUGUUUUCUUCCGAGCAGCUCAUCUA